AUGGCAUUCAAAACCUGGCUUGUCACUGGUGCAUCUUCUGGUCUCGGAGCCGCAAUCGCCGAGGCAGCCCUUCGAGCCGGCCAUACAGUGAUCGCCACCGCCCGCAACCCCACCAAAGCAGCCGAAGCCAACCCCCAGAUCUCAAAGCUUGGCGGGAUCUGGAUUGAGCUUGAUGUGACAAGCUCUAGCACCACCAAAGCCGUGGAAGAUGCGGUCAACAAGUCUGGCGGUGUUAUUGAUGUGGUUGUUAAUAAUGCUGGGUAUUCGUUAUUAGGCAGUAUCGAAGAUAUGGACGAGGGCGAAAUCGAGGCUCAAUUUAACACGAACGUUUAUGGUCCUGUUCGUGUAUUGAAGGGGGUUCUGCCUUUCAUGCGGGCGAGGACGUCCGGCACUAUUGUCAAUAUUAGCAGUAGUGCCGGGAUUGAUGGACUACCUACAUGCGCGAUGUACGCUGGGACCAAGUUUGCUCUUGAAGGUAUGUCUGAAAGCCUCGCAAAAGAGCUAGCACCAUUCAAUAUUCGAGUGCUCGUCGUCGAGCCAGGAUCACUCCGGACCGACUUUUGGUCAGCCUAUGUCGAGCCUACCGCUGGCAUGAACAAAGGCUAUACUGGGACCCCCCUAGACCAUGUUCUCCAGGCGUUCAAGUCAAACACAGGCACCCAGCCAGGCGAUGCUGUUAAAUGUGCCCAGAGAAUUCUGGAAGUCGUAGACAAUACCGGCAUGGGUGCUGGGAAAGGAGACCUGUUUCGCUUGCCGCUUGGCUCGGAUUGCUAUGCGCGCUUCCAAACUAAAAUCGAGAAGAUGCAGGACAACCUGCUGCAAGCGAAGGACAUUGCCCACUCAACUAGUUACUGA